CGCAUUUUCAUGCUAAAAUACAUUACACAUGACCGUCGAACCAAAUACUGUAGCCUGUGAGCCGCCUCUUCCUCCUCUCCCUCGUGACAAAAGAAAGGUUCUCCUGGUCUUCAUUCAUGGGUUCCUCGGCUCUGAGGAAUCAUUCUUUGGGUUCCCGGAGCAUCUCGUUGUGGCUUUGGAAAAACGCCACGGCUUUCCCACAGGGAAGAUUGAGACUAAAAUGUUCCCUCGGUACGAUACAAGAGGACACAAUGGACAAUCGGUGCGGAAACUCAUGAAGUGGUUGGAGAUUUAUGCCACAACCGUCCGGUACGAGUGUGUGAUUCUCAUGGCGCACUCCAUGGGUGGCUUGUUGGCUGCCGACGCUUAUCAGUGGAUGUAUGCACUGCAUAAAGAGAAAGUGGAGGAGCGAUUGGAGCGAGCCGAUGCGCAAGCCAAGGUGGACGGUGCUACAACCAAUGUUUCUCCGACCACUGCGACCGGCACUGCGGGCGUGUCGAGUUGGUUUGGAAGAUGGGGUCGAGGUAAUAAGAAAGAGGAUGUGACAGUAGUAAACCUCCCACCGACUACAGCAGAAACGGCUACUCCUUUGGACACAUCACCAGAGUCUUUCGAACAAGAUGGCUUCGAAGGGACGGAUGAACAUUCUCCGGAUUCUGGCAUACGAUUUUUGGUCAACAUCCGUGGAAUAAUAACAUUUGAUUCACCUUUCUAUGGACUACACACCAACGUCAUAACCCAAGCUGGAACAAACAAGGCCUAUGCCAUCAUGACCGAAGGGAUUUUUAAUGCAAAAGCCUACAUUCCAGCCGCUAUGGAAACGGUUACUGCAUACGCACCAAAAACGAUCGAGGUGCCUACAGGAUUACCCAUGGUUCGUACUCUGCCGGUGCGUACAGCUUGGGUAAUCGACGCAGCUAAGAAAGCUGUUGGCCGGUCGGACCCACCGGCGCCACCACCGCCGUCUACUUCAGAAAUUGCAGCUUUGAUAGAAAUGGCGGAUCAGGAUGUGAAAGGGGUAUCUGAAUCUACACCAACGUCAACACCAACACAACCACCUUCACCUGAACCUACACCGACAACCACAGAAUCUGCAGAAGCGAAAGAACCCGCCACGAACAUAUCGACCGAAGCAGCCCCCACGAAAACAACCUCAAGCAUGCCCGGAUGGGCUCGCUAUGCAUUAGGUGGCGCGGCUGUUGCAGCUGCAGCUUACACCACCGUUAGUGUGGCACCACUGGCAGCUGCUUAUAUUCCGGCGAGCAUGAUAGCUACCAGUCUUGCAAGCCAUUAUGUUAUAUCUGGCGCUGAGCAGAUCCGAGACCAUUUACAUUUCCUAUAUCCGUUGGUUAAUUCCCAUCGGGAUAUGCAUCAACGUGUAGAAAUGAUGCGAAGGGAGAUGGAACUUCGUAAGAGGCUGACAUUUAAGGGAUUUUAUGUAGAGCUUCCGCCUUUGACAACAGCAGCUGUCCCUGCUUCAGCAACUGGUACGGCGCCUACGACUACACCAACUCCAACCACCACAGCACCUUCUGCAGGCCCUACUUCUGCAUCUGGUGUGCCUACCAGCGCACGAACAUCAGCCCCGUCUGCCUCCCCUACUAACAAUCGCCACUUUUGUAACCUGCCGCCUCCGGAAACAGCGCACCUGUUCGAGCCUGUGGGACACCCUUGUCUCAAUGAGAUUGACGCCCACAUGGGUCUGUUUUCAUCCGAAUAUGAGACAUACGCCGCGCUAAUAGUCAAGGCCGCGGAUGCCGUUAAAGCUGUAUUAGAAAAGGAAACUGGUAGAAGGGGCGAUGGGGUACUUGAAAGUUGACAUUGACAUAGGCACGUCCACGAAGUAUUUAGUAUAGUAUAUGCCCGAUUAUUGUUUUAUAGUAUAUUUCAUUCAUAUCUUAAUGGCAGACACUCGACACCUUCUUGAUGUACAUUAGACUUUUCCAAAUUUUGGAGUCCAAUUUUGCC